AGGUGUUCAGGGAGUGUCCGGAUCUGCAGCUCCUCUCUUGUCUGCAGCUGAAGGCUCAGACCCGUCCAUCCCUCCAUUCGUCCCUCAUCAACCUCCUCAUUCAGGCAGGAUGGCAGCGCAGCACCCAGAGUUCGAGCGGGCCGGUCAGAAGCCGGGCCUCCAGGUGUGGAGGGUGGAGAACUUCGACCUGGUGCCCGUUCCCGAGAACCUGCACGGAGGGUUUUACACCGGAGACGCCUACCUCAUCCUCAACACCAUCAAGCAGCGCUCUGGAAACCUGCAGUACGACCUCCACUUCUGGCUCGGUGACUUCUGCUCCCAGGAUGAGAGCGGAUCAGCUGCCAUCUUUACAGUCCAAAUGGACGACUUCCUGGGGGGGAAACCCAUCCAGUACCGUGAGGUGCAAGGACACGAGUCGAAAACCUUUCUGGGCUACUUCAAGUCUGGGAUCAAAUACAUGAAAGGAGGCGUGGCGUCUGGGUUCAAGCACGUCGUCACCAACGAGGUGUCGGUGCAGCGCGUGCUGCAGAUCAAAGGUCGUCGCGUUGUGAGGGCCACGGAGGUGGCGGUCAGCUGGGACAGCUUCAACCAGGGGGACUGCUUCAUCCUGGACCUGGGAGAUGAGAUUUAUCAGUGGUGCGGCUCGCAGAGCAACCGCUUCGAGAAGCUGAAGGCCACUCAGGUCGCCAAGGGGAUCCGUGACAACGAGCGCAGCGGGAGGGCCCGGGUGUACGUCUGCGACGAGGGGGCGGAGAGGGAGAAGAUGUUGGAGGUUUUAGGUCCCAAACCAGACCUGCCUCCCGGAGCCUCCGACGACGUCCAAGCCGAUGCUUCGAACAGGAAGAGGGCGAAACUCUACAAGGUAUCCAAUGCCAGUGGAGGCAUGACCAUUGCUCUGGUGGCAGCAGAGAACCCGUUUGCCCAGAGUGCUCUGGAGUCCGGCGACUGCUUCAUCCUGGAUCACGGCUCAGAUGGCAAAAUUUUUGUCUGGAAAGGCAAAGAUGCCAACAUGGAUGAGCGAAAGGCAGCGAUGAAGGCAGCCGACGAGUUCAUCAAGAAGAUGGGUUACCCCAAACACACGUCGGUGCAGAUUCUGCCGGAGACGGGCGAAACGCCGCUCUUCAAGCAGUUCUUCAAGAACUGGCGUGACAAAGACCAGACGGAGGGCCUGGGCGUGGCCUACAUCGCCAACAGCAUCGCCAAGAUCGAGAAGGUGCCCUUCGACGCUGCCAGCCUCCACGACUCCCCCUCCAUGGCAGCUCAGCACGGCAUGGUGGAUGACGGCAGUGGAGAGAAACAGAUUUGGCGCAUUGAGGCGUCUGACAAGGUCCCAGUGGAUCCAUCCACUUAUGGACAGUUCUACGGAGGAGACAGUUACAUCAUCCUGUACAACUACCGUCACGGAGGACGUCAAGGACACAUCAUCUACAUGUGGCAGGGAAUGGACUCCAGUCAGGAUGAAAUCGGGGCCUGUGCAAUUCUCAGUGCCCAGCUGGACGAUGAGCUUGGUGGAGGUCCUGUGCAGGUUGUUGGUGCUCCUAUAACCACUCAGGUGAGAGUGGURCAGGGGAAGGAGCCGGCCCACCUGAUGAGCCUGUUCGGAGGGCAGCCCAUGGUGGUGUACAAGGGAGGGACGUCCAGGGAGGGAGGUCAGUCUGCUCCCGCCGAGACCCGCCUCUUCCAGGUGCGCGCCAACACCGCGGGCCACACCAGAGCCGUGGAGGUUGACGCGGCCGCGGCUAACCUGAACUCCAACGACGUCUUCGUUCUCGUGACCCCCGACGGCUCCUUCUCCUGGGUGGGAGUCGGUGCCAGCGACCCGGAGAGGCAGGGAGCCCAGCAGCUGUGUGACCUCCUGGGAGUGUCGGCCUCCGAGCUGUCCGAGGGAGCAGAGACAGAUCAGUUCUGGGGGGCUCUGGGAGGUAAAACAGAAUACCGCACCUCCACCAGACUCAAGGACAAGAUGGACGCCCACCCGCCACGACUCUUCGCCUGCUCCAACAAGACCGGAAACUUUAUUAUUGAGGAGGUACCUGGGGAGAUGACCCAAGACGACCUCGCCACAGAUGAUGUUAUGAUCCUUGACACCUGGGAGCAGGUGUUUGUCUGGAUUGGAAACGAAGCUCAAGAGGAGGAGAAAACUGAAGCCAUGGCAUCUGCGGUCCGUUACAUCGAGACUGACCCGGCCAACAGAGACCCGAGGACGCCCAUCGUAAAGAUCAAGCAGGGCUUCGAGCCGCCCACCUUCACCGGCUGGUUCCUGGGUUGGGACCACGACUACUGGACCAGCGACCCCCUGGAGCGAGCCAUGGCAGAACUGGCCAUCUGAAUGCCCCGCCCCUUUCCUCCUCGACCUUUCUGCUGUUCUGCUAGCACUGUGCUACAAAUACCAAGACUUUAUGUUUUAGCUGCCAAAACCGUUAAAAUCCAGUUUUUACGCCACGCGCUCCUUUAGUGCCUUCAUGUUUUCAAACUGAACAGGGCUUUCAGAUAAAUACAGUUUGUUGUUUUGCACUAAUUACUAUUCAAAUAAUUUUUUUAUUUUAUAUUUUAACAGUAAAAGCAUUUGACUUAUAAAACCUAAAAACCAACAGUUCUUUAGUUUACUUUGAUGAUUCUUUGAUAAAAAGGUACAGAUCCUGGUAAAAGUUGUUUUUGGGUUUGUUUUGUACCUUUUAGUAUAUUUAUUUUUUAGCGAACCACGACCAGAAAACCUUUUAGCUUUAGAGGAAACUGAACACUUUGCUGCUUCACAAACCAUCUUCUCUGAUGUUUGUUUUUAUUUGAAUUAAACCAAAUUAAAACAUCUUUCUCUUCUUUUACUCAGUCUUUUUCCUGACAUGAAAGAAAUAAAAAAGGCAGAAACUUGUGGAUAACAUUUUUAUUUCAAGUCAACAAAUCUAAUAAAUGUAUUAAAGAUCAAAUUAUAUCAAAGUUAAACAGAUAAAACAAGCAUCAACUCUGAACACAGGUUUUUGAGAAUACAACAAGGCAGAAGUUGAUUUMAUUUUCAGCCUUUUUCUUUAAACAGUAAAAAUGUAGUGAAGCUAAAUAAAAACCWCAGAAAUCCAGCAACAUCAUGGCAGAACCACCAGAACCGAGCCUUAGUGGACCGGCUUCCUUUUCUGAAGCAGAAAAUAAAAUCUCACUUUGGCAGAAAAAAAAAAAA